AUGAACACUAAAAAUGUUAACAAAAAUGUUAAAAACGAAAAAAAGGAUACCAUGCGUCAAGAAGGGAGGUCACAUAAAAUCUUCCCAGUAGCCUCAAGAGUAUUCUCACCACACCUAAUGCCAGAUUUGCUUCCAAAGGAUCAAGAAAACGAGGGAAGCAUAGAAAAUGUGCCCACCGCACAUUCAUUAGCAGGAUUGAAACCAUAUUCCUCUAUUGGGGCUGCAAGCGCCUCUGUGGCCCGCUCCCAUUCACUCUCUACUGGACGAUACAAAGAGGAUUUAUUAGACAAUAUCGAGGGCGAGUUAUGGUAUAUAACGCCAAACACAGGGCCUAGAAAACCCAACAGUAUAGGGGCAAAUUGGGUAACGUGCAACACUCGUCAUCUCAUGGUGUAUAGUAGUUGGGGUGAUCAAAGUCGCAUUAUCGAAGCUGUACACUUUGAUGCCAUACGUAUUCUCUUCAGUUUCUCCCACGUACACAAACACAAGGAUAAGGCGGUACAAGUGCCAAUGACGGUGGUGUCACGUCAAGGGCAGGGUAAAGAAAGCAGUAUGUCUAAACGAAUGCAGAGCCAAACAGGAAACCAGAGCGUAGGUGUAAGCCGUCGCAGAGCUUCUCGGGGUUCCGUGCGUAGCUUUCACGCUCGUGGUGGAACGACUUUACCGCGAUAUUACUACUUUGGAAUCGAGUUCCGUGAAAGCAAUGACCCGGAUGACGAUGCUCAUGUUCGACGUCGUCGUGUAAUGGUUUUCGCAACAGACAUAAAAAGCGACCGUGACAUGUGGCUUCGGUUCUUCCAAGAGGUUCUAGCUGUAAAGAAGGUUUCUGUGUCGCGCAAAGUAAAUGCACGCAGUCUCUCUUCUACAUGGUUUGCUCCACAUUCUAGCCCAACCAAAAGUGCCAAGAAAGUAGUUUGCAGUGAAUCCGACGACGGAGAUGAUGAUGAUGAAGAUGAAGAUGAGGAAGAAGCAUCCACAAGACAGGCCUACGCCCCUCUAAAUUAUGGUGAAACUGCACGUUAUAUAGGAAGCUCAAUUGAUUUAGAUGUUGACAAUCACUCGACGUCUAGCCUCCGUUCUGUGUCGCAAGACAGAUAUAUUUUUGAAUAUGCAAACAUAUCUCCUCUACAAAAACAAGAGGAAGAUGAAGAACGUAGUCGUAAAGCAUGUAUUAUACAGGAGAAUUAUUAUCGAGUUUUAUUACGAGCAAUCAAAGAUAUUCAUUUAUCCACACAUACGAGUCCUCAGCAAACUUGCUCACAAUUGGAAAGCGAAACGGAUCAGGAUGAGUUAAUACAGUCCACUAACGCCACAGACAAUGACAUUUUCCUACAAACAAAAGAAUACCUAGAGCCACUCCAAGAACUCAUACAAACGCUACAAAACAAUGUAGAAACAAAAGUGAAUAUAAUUAGCUCUCUCAGGGAAGAGUACCAGCGUCACCCUUUCCAUCUAACAUUACUGAAGAAUGAAACAGAAACGCCAGAUAUGGAAAGUAAGACAUUACAAAUAGUCAAUCUACACGAAUACGAAAAACAAGAACAGGAGGAAAUAUCUAGGCUUCGAAACACCAACGUGAUGCUCUUAGAACAAUUAGACACUACUACUAGCACUAUCACAGACUUACAAAACAAACUAAGAGCAAGUGAACAACACGCAGAGCGACGCCAGAUUGAAGUGGAG